CACGUUGAAAACAUCUGGUGGUAUUUACACCAGAUAACGCUCGGAAAUUGUACAAGGCUGGAAAAUAGUCAAAGAAAAAUAGGCGCUGCCGACAGCUUCUCAACAUGGGUGGCUCAGCAUUCUCCUCAGUAGUCAAUCCACUAUUAACUCCCCGAAUGCCGAAAGAAGUCUAUGAAGCCAUCAAAAGCCAAUGCGAAGUGAUUCUCCGCACUCUGUACUCCUGCGUGGAGUCUCCUCUUGAGGGCCCAGGUAAAACAGACUUUGGAGAUAUCGAUUUUCUACUGGCCUCACCAAAACCGGAGGCUUCCAGGGGCGCAUAUGCAAUUCAGACCAUAUCAAAAGCCCUUGGAGCAGAGAGAUCAAUUACUGCAGGAGGAAAUGAGCCUGCAGGUAGUCUGGCUAUCCCUUGGCCGGCAGAUGAAAAAGAUGUCAACAAAGAGUCUGAGAAAAAGUACAUCCAAAUCGAUGUCCGAGUAUGCGACACAGAGCACAGGUUACGCUGGAUGCUUUUCAAGCACGGUCAUGGGGACCUGUGGAAUCUCUUAGGAUCAACAAUCAGAGGGUACGGUCUGACAGUCGAUGACAGCGCCCUGUGGCUUAGAGUCCCCGAGAUUGAAGAGUCUGACAGGAAGCGAGCCAGAAUCUUCCUCUCGUCCGAUCCAGCCAAAGUCAUGGAGUUUCUGGAUAUGCCCAUGGAUGGAUACUGGGACAAGCCUUUCUCCCGUGUCGAAGACAUGUUUGACUACGCUACUCGUUGUCGACUGAUGUGGGUAUCCCCCGUUGCACAAGAGCCCGACGCAAAGAAGCUCAAAGCAAACGACCGCCGGCGCAUGAACUAUCGGCCUGUUUUUAGGAAAUGGGUCGACGAAUUUCUCCCAGAGUGCCGUCGACUUGGGAAAUUUCCGGACCGCAGAUAUACUAGGGAGCAAGUGACGGAGGAGGCUUUCUCUGUAUUCGGCGUUGAAAAAGAGUUUAACACUCGGCGCAAGGAGUUUCUCCUUGAGAGGCAAAGAGAUUUUAUCUGGAAUACAUCCAUAAAGGGUAGUGUACCAGAGCCUAAAUCCACUGACCACAAAGACAUCCUUUACAGGUCGUGCCUUGUCAAAGCGCUAAAGAAGAUUAUCCUCGAAGAUGAUACGAGUUUUGGAAUUGUGCCGGAGAAGAGCCUCAAGAACCCUGAUGGCGAGUACAACUUGGAGGACGUUCAGGCCUUUAUUGAAAAGCACCAAGAAGAUGUCGGAGAAGCAGCCAUUGCUCGUCAUCAUGCCCAGUACGCGGAAGCCAUAGAAAAGAAGAAGAAGAAAGCGGGAAAAUCAUCAUCCUAGAAUAUCAGUCAAGAGAGUUGUGGAUCCAGCUUGGGUUUAGAAGUCGGAUCAGCUGCAAACAGAGACGCGAUUUCGUGCAAGAAAUCGUUUGGAUCACAAACUUUAGCAUGACUGUCUAUGAGCCUUACGGUUUUUAAUCGAAAAGGUAUGGAGAAAGAACCUCGGAUGCUACACUUGAUACUAACAAUGUUCAGAAUGAUAGAAUGAAAUAUUAUUUAGACUAUGGUAUUUAGCGGCUCAGUAAUAACAUUUAAACAAUUCGAUAUUUAAAAGCGUUUAAACCAGUAUGAGUAGGUGUUGAACGUCCAA